GCUCCAUGCGGGCCUUCCUGGAGAGCGGCGAGCUGUCGGCUGCCUGCAGGUGGAGGAGCGGGGUCUCUGGGCGGGUGGCUGGGGCCCGGCGAUGGCGCUGGGGAACUUGCUGACCAUGAGGGGCUCCGUGGGCACCUUGACGUCCUGCUCCAGGCAGCGGUCGCGGUACUUCAGCCCCACGCAGAUCACCUUCUCGGGGUCGUCGAUGGGCACCAACAGCCGCACUCACGCGGUGCCCUGGGUUUUUCUUCCCUUCCUUGUUUGUGCGUGAUGCUUUUGUAGGAGCUUCAUAGGUGUUCAGGAAGUGCAAAAUCUUCUGAGAUAUGAGGUGUCUCGAGAGAGCCCCAUUGCAUCCAUUCCACUUGGGCUGUUUUGUUCCCUCCUGAGGCUGAAAGGGACUUCAGAACCCUACAUAGAACUUGCUGCUGCUCCAGCAUGGAAAGCAGAGAUCAUGAAGUGUGACUGCCAUUGGGGCAGGGGGGAGAGGAGCUAAGACAUUCAUCUGCCAGCAUGAAGUAGCAGGUCUUGAAAAUGGUAAUGGCUGUGGUAGGGCAAUUAGCAGGACCGUCAGCAGUGAAAAUGAAUUACUUCUGUGGGACGGUCCUGAUUCAGCUGACAAUGCUGCAGGAAUCAUACAGCCUUCAUGCAGCACAUGAGGAGCUUGUUGUUGCAAAGCGGUGCUUUGCAUCACUCUGACGUUCUGCCAUGGACUCUUCUUCCUAGUUUUUGAUGUAUAUGGAGGCAUUGCUAAGGAGGACAUAACAGGCAGCAUUAAAUCCGAGGUGUCAGGAGACCUGGAAGAUGCUUUGCUGGCUGUGGUAAAGUGUGUGUGAAACAAGCCUGCGUACUUUGCUGAAAGACUGUAUAAAUCCAUGAAGGGCCUGGGAACAGAUGGCAACACUCUGAUCAGAGUGGUGGUGUUCCGCUUCAAGAUAGAUAUACUGGAUAUCGGAAGAGAACACCUGACUAUGUAUGGGAAGUCUCUCUACUCCUUCAUUAAGGGAGACUGCUCAGGAGACUACAGGAACGUUCUGCUGAAGCUCUGUGGCAGCGAGGAUUGAAGGAUUUCUGGGGUCUGGAGUUGGGAAAGCUGCCCCAGUGACUGCAGAAGGAACUUCAGCUGCGCUAUCAUAGAAUCACAGAAUGGCCUGGGUUGAAAAGGACCAUAACGAUCAUCGAGUUUCAACCCCCUGUUAUGUGCAGGGUCACCAACCAGCAGACCAGGCUGCCUAGAGCCACAUCCAGCCUGGCCUUGAAUGCCUCCAGGGAUGGGGCAGCAGGAGAAGUUCAUCCUGACCAACAUCAGGCAGUACUGCUUGGUCUGCACGUUACUGGCUGCCUCUGCAUCUCUUCAGCUGCAGUACCAUCUCUCAGGGAAGUCAGAUGCAGUCACGCUCCUCUCUGAAUUCUGUGCUUGAUUAAAUCCAAAGCAAAUCUUUACACUACAAUGAGCAAACCAUGCUGUCUACCAAAGAGGCAGGGUUUGUGCCCCAGGAUUUCAGGAAGAAGGACUGGUAUCAGCCCAGGGCAGGAUCUGGGUCCCCUGGGGACAGCAGCUACAGCCCCUGUCCAAUCCGCACGGUGACCCUGAGCCAUCCCUAGGGUGCCCUGUGACCUCCUCCUCUGCACAGCCCCACAAAGCACAAGGGAAGGUCUGGGAGGUGGCAAUGCCUAGAUGCCCCUGGAACAGGCCAGGAAUGGUGCCCUCCAUCCCAUCCAUCCCCAGGCCCUGAUGCCCAGUCCUCAGGGCUCCAGGAUCUUUCAGUGUCCCUGUUCCAGGGCCUCACCACCCUUACUACAGAAUCACAGAAUGGUGCUUGUCAUAGAAAACUUCUUCCUUAUGAAGAAUCUAAAGAGUCCGUUCCCUCCUUUGUUACAGCCCCCCUUGAGAUACUGAAGGCCACUCUCAGGUCUUCCUGGAGCCUUCUCUUCUCCAGGCUGCACAGCCUCAGCUCUCUUAGCCGUCCUUGGAAGGUGGUAUUCCAUCCCUGGGACCAUUUUUGUGGCCCUCUUCUGAUCACGCCCCAACAGGUCUAUGUCUCUCCUGUACUGAGGACUCCACAUCUGGAUGCAGUGCUCACAGUGCAGAGGGGCAGAUCCCCUCCCUCACCCUGCUGGCCGCGCUGCUUCGGAUGCUGCCCAGGGUAUGGCAGGCUUUCUGGGCUGAGGGCACUCUGCUGGCUCAUGCCCAGUUGCCAUCCAUCAGUACCCUCAGGUCCUUUUUGGCAGGGCUGUGCUCCAUCCUUACAUCCCCCAGCUUGUACUGAAAGCAGGGGGCUGCCAUGACCCAGGUGCAGGCCUUGCACCCGGAUUCAUUCAACCUCAUGAGCUUCCUCUGGGCCCACUGCUCAGCAUGUCUCUCUGUUCGCAUCCCAUCCUUUGGACGUGCGGGCUGCACCAUGCAGCUUGGGGUCACCUGCAAAUCUGAGGGGGCACUCAAUCCCAGUGUUGAUGUCAUUGAUGAAGAUGUUAAAGAGCACUGGUUCCAGUACUGACCACCUGAGGGACACCACUGGUCUCCACCCGGACAUGGAGCCCUUGACCACCACUCUGUGCAUGCGAUCUUGCAGCCAGUCCAUCCAACAGUCUACCCAUCAAAUCCAUAUCUUCCCAAUUUGGAGCUGCUCUUUUUGGUUCCGAUCUGCGGGGCCUGCAAAUCCACACAGUCCAAUAACUGACGAUCCCUUUCCUCCACCGGGCUGGAGGCAGGGCCCCUCUAGUUCUGCCUAUUGUAUUCAUCGCUCACUUCUCAUGAACGUGAACCAGUACACUUAACCCCAGAAAUCAGAUCCGACCAUCCAGUCUGUCCGGAGAGCUGCCCAUUAGAAACUGGAGCUGUCAUUUUUUUUCUGGAAGAAUCCCCUUUUCCUAUUGUUUUCUCCUGCAACUCACCUGCCCGUGCAUGUAGGACUGAGGUGGGUUUUCCAUCCCACUUUCUCAUAUCCUCUCCACAGUCACACAGGUAAAACCACAGGAUGUCAUGUUGUGUGUAACUGCUAUAUCCUCUCUCCCAAGCAGCGAAUGCUUAGUUCUAAUGGAUGAGACACUGGUUGUACAGACGGGAAGCAGGGCAUAUAGUCUUGGAAUUGCUAGAACUCCUGGGGCAACUUCUCCACAGCUGAGACAUAGGCCCAGAGGGAUGAAGAAAGCCUAUCUUCCUAUUGCCAAAACAGGUUGGCUACUUCAUUCACCUUUGGCCUUGGGUUCUCUUUCCAGUUCACUCCUGCCAGGGUGCUGGCAUAUGAUGGUGAUGCAUUCUGUAAAACUCUCCACAUAGAUCUCAUACAUAUGAUUUCAUCUGGAUCUUGGGAUAGUGUAUUACUGUGUAAUUUAAUAACAUACAUCAUCUCUAGAACAGCUAGUUCACUCACAUACUGGAUACCUCUCUCCAUGGUGGCUCAUUUGCCUGGGUUAGAUACCAAGUCUCCCUUGAAAGGAUCUUUCCCUCGCAGCUGACAAGGGUCCCCACCACUGGGAAAAAGACUGCGUCCCUUUCCCAGUUCCUCUGGGAAUAUCGCUUUCCCUAGAAAGACAUCUCAGCUGCUUGGCUUCACUGCCCACUAAGUCCAGGCUACUCACCUCACCACCCCAGCACGGCAACAGCCCAGUGGCAAUGUGCACAUUUGGCCGAUGGCCAUAAUCCUUUUGCGUAUCGUGCAGCUCAGCCAGCAUCAGAGCUCAGAUGAUUUAUAUCUCUCCCUCCUCCUCCCCAUCUUCAUCCUCUGUCUUACCAGGAGUUUCUGUCACACAGAAUCACAGAACUGUUGGGGUUGGAAAGGACCUCAAGAAAUCACUGAGUCGAAACCUCACGCUAAAGGAGGCACCCUACAGUAAGCCUCACAGGUAGACAUCCAGAUGAGUCAAGAGUAUCUCCAUAGAAGACUCCACAACCUCUCCAGGCAACCUGUUCCAGACCUCUGUCACCCUCACAGUAAGGAAGUUCAUCAGCAUGUUUGUAUGGAACACAACAUGUUGGAGUUUUACAACAUUGCUCUUUGUCUUAGCACUGCACAACACCAAGAAGAGCCAGGCCUCAUCCAUUACCUGUCACCUCCCUUCAGAUAUUUACAAACAUCAGUCAGUUCACCCUGCCCAAAAGCCACAGCCUGGCUCGAUACAGCUGCUUCAAACCAGUCUUAAAAUCUCCAGGAAAGGGAAAUGUCACAACCCAUAAAUGAAGAAUUGCUAAGGGUCAGAGUCCACAGAAUACCACAAAAGAGGAUCUCCAAGCAGAAGACCUGCUUAAAUGAGGCUUGAGAGGGGCGGAGCCAUGCUACAGCAGUUUGCACAUGUGAAGUGCUUCCACCUGUGCUCCCAGGGCCGCCUAUGCCCCUUCACUAGGUGCUCAAUCACUGGUUCAGGCUUUGACUUAACUGUUCCGGUAUAGUAACCCUUAAUCAUUAACCCUCACCAGAAUAGGUAUUCCUUAACCAUAACACAAAUGAGUAACACUUAACAGUUUGAUUGAAAGAAUAACCCUUGAAAGAAUAACCCUUAACACUAACACACAACAUGGUAAUACUUAACCUGAACACUAACCCAGAAAUGGAACCCUUAACUGUAACACCAAACAGCAACUCUUAAUCGUUAACCCUAACUCUAAAUGGUAAACAUUAACACUAACCCAAAUUGCUAACCCUUAACCAUUACCCGUAAUGGUAACCCAAACACAAAUGGGUAACCAUUAAUGCUAGCCCCAAAAGAGGAAUGUUCAAUGCUUACUCACACAGAUAAUCCUCAACCCAAACCAAAAUUGUAACCCUUAACACUAACCCAAAUGGGAAACCUUUCUGUCCUAACCUGGGACAGUAACCCUCAAAACGUAACCCUGGCAGUAAAUGGUAAUUCCUAAACAUAACCCCAAAUGGUUAACCUUAACAAUAACCCCAAAUGGCAACGCUUGACCAUUAAUGCUAACCCAAAUGGGUAACCCUUAAUGCUAAAACAUAUUGGUAUUUCUUAACCCUAACACAAAUAGCAAACCCUUAACCCUUAAACCUAACCCCAAAUGAUAACCCCUAACCCUACAGAGUAAUAAACCUUAAUGCUUAAUCAUAAGCAAAAAGGGAAAGCCUUCACGCUUACACAAUCAGGAAACUCUUAAACCUAACCCAAAAGGGUAAGCCUUAACCCGUAUCCCUAACCCAAAAUGUUAACCUUUAACCCUAAACUCAAAUGGGGAACCUUUAUCCCUUAACCCUAACUCAAAAGGGUAAUCCUUAGCCGUAACCCAAAAGGGUAACUCUCCACACCUGAGAAGUACAUAGUAACCCUCAGCACUUUCUCUGCGGUCUUCAAGGCCUGUACAAACACAUGCCACCCUGUGAGUUCGUGAUCUUAAAGGACACUCCCAACACAAGACAGUCCAUUGUACCGUGAUCUUCAAGGACCCUUCUAACUCGAGCCAUUCCAUGGUUCUGUGGUCUUCAAGGACACAUCCAACGCAAGCCACUCCAUGUUUUGUGAUCUUCAAAGACCCUUCCAACACAAGCCAUCCUGUGGCUCUAGGACCCUUCAAACUCAAGACAUCCUAGGGUUCUAUCAUCUUCGUCUUCAAGAACAACUUCCAACACAAACCCUCCUGCGGCUUUAUGAUCGUUUAGGACUCUUCAAGCUCAAGCCGUCCUAGGGUUCUAUGAUCUUCAAGGAUCCUAGCAAUACAAACCCUCCUACGGUUCUGUGGUCUUCAUGGAUCCUUGCAGUACAAGCUAUCCUUUGGUUCUUUAAUCUUCCACUCUUCCAACACAAGCCAUUCUGUGGUUCUACGAUCUUAAAGGUCCCUUAUAACACAAGCCAUCCUCUGUUUCUGUCAUCCCUUCCAACACAAACCUUCUUAUGAGGGAACUUGGGGGUGUUGGUCGAUGCUCAGAUGAGCAAGAGCCAGCAGUGUGCCCAGGUGGCCAGGAAGGCUGAUGACCUGCUGGCUUGUGUCAGAAACUGUUGCCAGCAGGAGCAGGGAAGUGAUCAUCUCUCUGUACUCAGCGCUGGUGAGGCUGCACCUCGAGUACUGUGUUCAGUGUUGGGCCCCUCACUACAAGCAGGAAAGCUGGUACAGGGUCUGGAGCGCAGGUGUUAUGGGGAGUGGCUGAGGGAGCUGGGAUUGUUCAGUCUGGAGAAGCGGAGGCUCAGGGGGGACCUCAUCGCUCUCUCCCACUACCUGCAGGGGGGCUGUAGAAGGAAUCACAUAGAAUCACCAACGUUCAAAAAGACCUCCAAACUCAUCUAGGAGAAUAAUUUUUUCGUAAUAUUCAACCUGAGAGUGCUGAGGUAUAAUGCUCCACAGUCAGACCUACAUGUGACUGUGGGGCCCUGAUGUUCUUCCCAUGGGCACACAAACACUCAAUGACCAUACUGGGAGGCAAAAAGCACAGCAGAAGACGAUCCUCAGCUGCAGACGCUGAUGACACUCAUAGCAAUAAGAGAGAAGUAUGUGUGAAAGGCUUACGUUACAAAAGGAAUGACUGAUUGUCAGCAGAGAUGUGGUCUAGCACUUGUUCUGCUGGAGCAACUCCAGUGUGGCCAUAGAUUUGCACUACGGAGCAAAAACAAAUCUCAGCCGGAAUAAUACUGUCAAGCCUAAAACCAACAUUCGGCUCCUAAAAUCCUGAGUUGUUGGUUGAAAAAUAUUUCAGCCCUGAUGGUGUGCUCAGUGGAGUUGUUUCUGUGCAUAUUGUCUCCGUUCCCUCUACUGCAAACAAAAUGCAUUCAAAUCCCCAGGAAGAAGCUCAUGAAUACUGCCGCACCCUUCCCGAUCAAUCCUUCCAGACAGCUCGGCUUUUUCUAAGCAAAACAUACCUAUGGAAAAGUCUCAGGGGGGUAACCUAGAAGCCAGCGAACGCUGACCUCUUCUGGAUACUUCUAGAAAUGGCAUCGAGGCAUAACCAUUGCAGCAUACUUCUACGCAACGAGGCGUAACCGAUCCCUUUUAUUCACCUCCCUCGAGAAAAGGUCAACUCUCAGCCCCACUUUCAUCUGCUUGGUGAGCUGGCUCAGUUCAGAGUUCUGCAGGAGAGCAAACAAGGUGCAGAAAGAAAGACUCCAGAGGUUACAGCUAUGUUUCAGCUGUUAAGACUUACAUCUUUUCCUUCUAUGCUCAUUUGCUCUUGUGCCUAUGUGGAGUAGAAACAGAUUGAAAUAAUUGAACUGAUUGAAAUCUUAAGGGUCAUGCAUGUUUGAUGCAAUACUGUGCAGAUCCUAAAUUGAUACGGCUUAUGGCAAGUAAUGUAAUUUACCACCAGGUCAAAAAAGAAUUAUGUUUCUUGAAACAUAUGAUUUUGCACUACGGAUAUACACUAUUGACUAGAGAAGGUAUCAUGACAUCAAGACAAAGCUGCAAAUGAAGCUCUCACUGAAAAGGCAUUUAUAAGCUGUGUUUCAGAUGUCAGGGUCUUGAGUGCCCUCCCACCUUUGUUCCUGCAGCUAGCACUUUUCCUCACCAGCUACCACCUCCACCUCCCCACUCGUGUUGCUGCCCAGCACCAGGUAGCUCAUUUUCCCCUGCUUCGACAUCACCCAUCACUUUCUGUCCUCCUUCCCUGAACAAAUCAAUGUGUCAUUUAGAAGUCCGCCUGAGCUGAGCAGUCACAGCUCUGUUUCCUUUCCCUGAAGCUGGAGUACAGCCAGGCUACAGAGCAGCUAAGUAAGAUAAAGUUGCAUGGAAACAGAUGUUAAUUAAGAAGAAGAAAUGUAGGCCACUCAUCUCUUCUUCAUAAUGAUACGGGCUCUGAUUGAGGUAAACAUCCGUGAAAUCCAUCAGAUGAGAUUUACUUCUGCCAAUGUGUUUAAGGCCGCUGGAAGCAAUGGCGUAGCAGUCUCUGGCAUGCAGCUCUGGGGAAGGAGGCCUGAGGAAAUCCCACAGAUAAGUCCACACUGGCCUAAGUAGCUUUCCCACCGGAUGUCUCCCUGUGGGGCUGCCAACACACUUCAGGCCUGGAGCUUAAACUGCAUCAACUAGUCUUGAAACAGUGUCCUUAACGUAGCUAGGCUGUACUGGGAGAAAGAGUGUAAUUUGGACUGAGCUGCAUCCACACCAGCGGAUGUCUUCUUAGCAAGGAAUGGGAGCGGCCUACCAAAGGCAGGCAGUGCACGAUGGUGGGAAGACGGUGUGUCUUCUGUCACAGCCUGUGCCUUCAGCUCUACUGGUGAUGUCCCAGCAGAGCUGUUUUCCCCAGUCCGGGUGGAAUGGUGGGAAGUGAUGCAACAGGAGCAGCGAGGAUCAAGAGCAGGCGACUGCUGCUGUGACUGCCAGGGGCUCAUUUGAAGGAGCACAGUUUCAGCCCGCUAAGGCCUCAGUCACCUUCACAACACCCUUGAAAGGUGCUCGCUUACGCCGGGCUGCUGCGUAUUCAUGCUGCGUAUGAAUGCUGCAUCAUUCAUAUUUAAGGAUAGCCACAGCCCUUCCUGGGUUUUAGGCUCAUGCCAUUUACUGGGGGCAAAAAUAAUCAUCUUUAUGCAAGUCCUUCUUACUAAAGCCCUGGCUGCCUUAGCAGUGAUGCAGAAUUCUUAGUCGAAAGGAUGCCGAAGAGACGGAGGGGUUCCAUGGGAGCAAACAAGCUGUAACACAGCUCACAACAACAACAACUGCUCACAACCAACAUGGGCGUGGAAUGGAACUUUUUGCUCAAGGCUGCUGCAGCCCACCUUUGUGCUCCCACGCAGUCAUCUCCUUUGUGCCCUCCUCAGAUGAUGAGCUCAGAGCUCCCUUUCCAGGUGAUCCUUUGGAUUCGGAUUCUGUGCGUGUGCCCGUGGGACAACCCAGAGGCCCUGCUGGUGAAUCAGCAGAAUGGAAUCCUGUCUAUGAGCCUGAGGGGGAUGCUGGAGAUGUGACUGGAGGAGGUGAUCCAGGUUCCCCUCUAGGUUCUGGGACUGAAUCUCCAGCAGAUCACAUGGGUCCAGAAGAAGGAAAGGAUGAAUCCAAAAGAGUAGAAUACUCCCAGGGCUCAUCCCAUCUCCUAAAUGACCUGCUGAAGGAAAUGGAGAAUGCAGCGCGUGGGACUGACCAACAAACUGCACAGGACGUGCUGCAGGAAGGCAGCCAUCCCACGCUGCCAGUCUGGGACAGAGGAACGCAGAUAGCGCCAACGACUGGCAUGCCAGGGAUGAAUGCUGGGAAAAGCACAAAGGCUGCUGUUCACAAAUCUGUGCGAAAGCGCCGCAUCGCAGCGAUGGUACUGUUCUCAGCUGUGCUGCUGUCUGCACUGUUGUUGGCCUGUGGUGCUGCGUUAUGGAUGUGCAAAAAAUACCUAGUGUGCAAGAGAGAAGAAAGAGCAGCAGAACGAGCUCUUCCUGAUACCAACUGAGAGAGUGUUCCAGCUGGAGAUGAGGGCAGAACGGAGCUGGGAGAGGCAACAAGAGAGACUCCUGCCCAACCAAACCAGAAUCUCAACAAUAGUUCCAGUCCAUUCCAUUCUACCAUCCAAGAUACCAAAGGUCUUCAAAGUCAUCUGGAAGACCUGGAGCGUGAACUCAAAGCCAAAAAAGAAGUCCACGGGAACAGUCCUGAGUGCUGCUUUCUGUCAGAGGACAGCCCUGAAGCUGAGAGCGGAGAAUCAGCAGCAGAGCCUUUGUCCUUCACCCUGCAUUCUCCAGGACAAGUAUCAGCAAUAAUUCCAAGAUUCUUAGCUCACCAUAGCUACAGUCCUUUUGAGGGUCGUAGUGAGAACCCAGAAAGUGAGCUUCCUCUGACUGCUGGACAGUAUUGUUUAUUGUCUUUGGAGAUGUGGAUGAGAAUGGCUGGUUUCUGGGAGAGCUGACAGAUGGCACAAGAGGACUGGUCCCUUCCAAUGUGGUUGUGGAAGUUUCCGAUGAUGAACUGGAUACAACGAUGCCUCUAGAGCUUUGUGAUCUCCUGCUGGACACUGAUGAUUAAGUGGAUGCAGAGAUUCCAUAACGCAGCAACAUCCUGUAAAAAUUCCUGCACUGAUUCGUCUGCAAGACUACCCCCUGCUCCACUAGAUGUUCAAGUGGAGUGUGAGCAGGAUGUGGAUGAGCUCCUUCAGGAGCUCUGUGGUGACUGACAGUGUAACUGCAUAGUCUUAUUAUAUAUUAAAAACAAAAAAAAAGAACAAAAAAAAACCCCAAUAAAACAAACAAACAAAAAACCCAACACUGUUCUUUUUCUUGGAUACAUUGAUGAUACUUUUUCCAGCUGAGACUUUGCAAUGAGUCUUGAAGCAGAUUUGAACUGGUAGAAGUUGGCAGUGUCUGCAUUCCGUUCUCCUAAUUUCCUUGCUGGUCGGAGUUAACGUGCCCUGCAUCCGUUCCCCAGCUCCAGCUGCCUCCUGAAUCAUGAGAGCAGCCUUUCCAUAUUGUGAAAACAGCCUUUUCACAUAGUUGGAGUGAAUUCAUGCUGAAGGACAAGAUGCUUGUGGACAUGUAAGCUCAGGAAAAGAAUGUAGACUCCAUGGAAACUUGCUGCCAAACAACACUAAGAAAGAAGAAUAGACUCCUGUUGUUGAAGAUGGAACAGUAAAACAGAUGCCCCAACAAAACACAAUGCCAGUACAAGCUGGUUGGGGCUACUCCCCCUGAAAAUGCUGGAAGUUCACAGCGAGGUAGACUACUAGCCCUCAUUCAAUGACUAGCAGAGACCCCCACCAUGUUUUUAGGACACGUGCUCAAGAGGGUGGGACAAUAUGUUAAUAAUUUCUCAGAAUUCCAGCCCAUCUUCAUGGAAUGUAAUGAAUAUAUGUAUGCAAUGUCUUUAAAUACGUAACCAUUGCUUUUCUCGGUGUGAGAGGUAGGAGGAGAUAUCCCCCUUGCAUCUGGUGCCAUAAGGAGCAUACCUGGUUUAUGACCUUACGUGAGUUAUGAGUUUGAUUCCACACAUCACUCCCUUCACUAUUAAGAGGACAAAGAACUUCUGUCACAGAAGGAUGCCCAUCUGCAAGGCUUACGUUUCAUGCUUCUUCCUUCCUCUCUGCUUGGUAAAACUCCAUGCUGGGAUCAUUUGGAAGGAAGGCUUGGUGUUCUGAUUUCUUGGACAGUCAUUACCUAAAGCCUGGAGUGCCUCUGUCAAGUGUGGCGGUGCAACUCCCGCUCCCCACACUCUCCCCCUUCUCUCAGGCCUCUCAGUGCACUUCUUCUCCUCAGACAAAAGGCGGAGAACCAGUACAUGGAGGUACUCCUCCUCUUCCCUUGCCCCUGCUUGCCUCUGGGUAGCAAGGAGCAAUGAAUUGGAACAUUAGGGGAUGCCCUUGUUGUAUCUGACUCCUGCUUUGUGCCCCAUAGCCCAGGAACAAACCUGGAGACAAUGAUCUCCUGGCAGCCUGGGACAUGUGUACAUGAAUCACGGCCCAAGUGGGGUAGCUUGGAAUUUGUGAGUCCAGCAAGUUCUGGACUUUGCACAACUGGUGGAAAGAACCAGAUGAUUUUGCCAUCCAAGGGGGCUGGUAUGGAAAGUACCCAUCAGAUCUCAAUCGUCUCAGACCCUAUAACUAGAGAUUCUAAGCAAGUGUUAAUAUUUAUAAAUAUCUGAAGGGAAGUGGGAGGAAAAUGGAUGAGGCUCUUGGUGAUGUGCAGUGGUAGGACAAUGAGCAAUGGCCCAGAACUUGAACACAGGAAGUUCCACGCAAACAUGUGAAAGCCCUUCUUUAUGGUCAUGGUGGGGGAACACCGGGACAGGUUGCCCAGAGAGGUGGUGGAGGUUAUGACCAGCAUCUCCUCUGGGUUGGGAUGCCUCUUAGGUACUGCCAAAUCCUCGAGGCCAUCUACCAGUGGAGGCCAGGGCAAAGGCGCCCCCCUGGAGUCAGACUUGAUUAUGAUCUGAUGAGGAAUGGUGGUGGCCUGUUGUAUUUGCUCCACACUCAGGUAGACGCAAAUUGUAAGCAGAAGUCAACUUGCAUUUCUUCCAUCCACCUCCCUACUUAUUUAUCUGUUUUAAUGAUACACAUUUGUUUCACAACUGUGGAUGCUGAGAUAUUUUACUUUUCCACACUUCUUUUGUGUUUGAGUGUAUGUUUGUGUACGAGUAUCUGUACAUUGAUUUGGGAUGUCCUGUUAUUACGAUAGCACGAAUCUUGUCAUCUGCAAAUCCGUAAUCAGGUCCCUGCUUAAUUGUCACACAUUUCAUUAAAUCACGUUAUUAACCUCCAAA